UCCAUCGAAGCCCACUUCGGUGCCCGGCUCGAUCGAUCUCUGGCUCACAAUGGCCGCGGCCGCGAGUGUGCCGAGCGGAGGCGACGUCCGCAAACAGAUAGCGCAGCCCAGCGCGGGCGCGGCGACCACCACCGGCGCGGACGUGAUACGCGAGAGCUCGGCCGCGCCGAGCCCCUUGCGCGGCACCACUACGACCCCGCCUCGGCAGCUCAAGGCGCCCCCGCCGCCGCCCCCAGCAACGGCGGCGCCGGCGGCCAUCGACAAGACGCUGGCGAGCGUGGCCAACCUCGCCAAGCUGCUGCCGACGGGGACGGCGCUGGCGUUCCACUCGCUGUCCCCUUCCUUCACCAACCGCGGCGCGUGCCUGCCAUCCAACCGCUACCUCACCGCCGCGCUGCUCUACCUCUGCUUCCUCUCCUGCAUCUUCUUCUCCUUCACCGACAGCUUCGUCGGCGGCGACGGCAAGCUCUACUACGGCCUCGCCACGGCGAAAGGGUUCCUCGUGCUCAACUACACCGGCGACAGCGGCGACGACGAGGAGGAGGACGCGGAGCGGCGGAGGCAGGUGUUCAGGAACCUCCACAGGCUCAGGAUGCGGUGCGUGGACUUCGCGCACGCGGGCUUGUCGGCGGCGGUGUUCCUGACGGUGGCGUUCAGCGACCCCGCCGUGCAGAGCUGCUACUUCCCCGACGCCAGCGGCAACGUGAAGCAGGUGCUCACCAACCUGCCCCUCGGCGCCGGCUUCCUGUCCAGCAUGGUGUUCCUCGUCUUCCCGACGACUCGGAAGGGGCUCGACUACACAGGUCGGUCCACAAACGCUUAGAAGGGUUUGUUCUGAAAGGGAACUUGUGAGGCCAUAUGCAUGUAUAAAGUGUACUUUCAAUCCAGAAUUGGUAAAUGUGGAGGUGAAAUAAAGAAAAUACAAGCCGCAA